CACAGAUAUUCAUUAACCUGCUGGAUCUGUGAAUUUCAAAUAUGCCUUUUCCUCAUCUUGCUAACUGGACUGGGAGAAAGACAAUGAUCCUCUGGUGAAGAAAAUGAAAGGUUUGUUUGUUGUCGUGGCUAUAGUACUGUUCUUAUCAUUGGCCAAACACAGAACAUCUGGUGAAGUUGUUUUGACUACCUGGCCUCAGGGAGAGCACUUCUACCUUGGGGAACCCAUUGUUCUGACAUGUAAAGUAGAAAGGAAUUCUUCAGAAGUGUGGCUCUACAGUUGGUUUAAACACAAUCUCAGUAAGGCUUCUACCCCCAGCCGUGCUCAUAGAGUGAACCGUCACACUUACUCCAUUUCAGCGCUGACGUCUUUGGACAGUGGCAAGUACUGGUGUAAAGCUCAGAAACAGGACACAAAUUCCACCCUCCUGAGUAACUCUGUGAUUUUAAGGGUCACAGAAGCUUCACCUCCUGCAUCCCUGGAUGUCUGGCCUAACAGCAGUCAGCACUUGAAAGGUGAACAGUUUUCUCUGUGCUGUUCAGUAAACGGUGGUGGAAAAGACUGGACCCUGAGGCGGUACCCCGGUGCUGAAGUAAAUUCAAGCUGUUUGGAGGGCAGGGUCAGUCCGAAGAAACCCCACAUGUGCAGCUUUAACAACAUCACUGGAGGGUUAAGUGGCCUGUACUGGUGUGAAGCAGCCAGAGGGGAUCAGCGUAGUAAUACCAUCAACAUCACUGUGAGCGAUGGCCGUGUGAUACUCCAGAUUCCAGUUCAACCUGUAAUGGAGGGACAGACAGUAACUUUACUAUGUAACACUUCCUACAACUUAAAUCAAGCCUUUAUCUAUAAAGAUGGUUUGAAGUUCAUGAAUAAUACUAAUGUAACGAUGGAGAAUGUGACUAAGGCUGAUGAGGGAUUUUACAAGUGUGUCAACCCAACUGCUGGUAUGGAGAGUCUAGAAAGCUGGCUGUCAGUGAGAGGUCACUCAGAGGAAGAAAACACCUUUACAGCGGCGUGGGUCUGGGCUAUCUGUGUCAUUGUCAUCAUUCUGCUUCUGAUCCCUAUCACCUUUCUUCUUGUACCAAGCCUCAGAAAGAGAGUAAAGUUCUUUCCAAAAUGCGGAGAGUCUAAUCCCCAUCAGGAAAUGCCUAGAACUAAACAGGAUGUGACAGAGAUCCAGUGGGACCUGGCUUGGAUGGAGAUAACUAAUCUGCUGGACAAGCCAAGCCCUGGCAGCUGAGCAGCUCUUAAACUAUUUACAUACUAUUAAUAUAAUCUCAAUACAACAGGGCAGAAUAUCAUUAUGAACAAUGCAGUGGCUACUGAGAUGCUCUAAUCCAUAGUUAAUAUGCAAAGUAUUUGGCAGAAUUGUUUAUUAGAUAAGGUAAAUGAGUAUCCAUGUAUUCUCAUGAAGCUGAAAUAUCAUAGUAAAGAACAGUAAACAGUGAAAAACUAAGCUAAGUCAAUAUUUGGUGUGACCACCCUGCCUUUUCCUUGAAACUUCAUGAGAUCACUUUUGGCACACACUGUCAUGUAGUCUUUUAAAGGCAAACAAACCCCAAAAAUAAACUCCUUUAUACUGACAGAUAAUACCCAUGCAAGACAUGUUUGAGUAUUCAUAUCUGUACCUGUAUACUGUGUACAGAUUUUAUUUUAAAAGAAAAACCAUGUCCCCCAGUGCUGACAUCUUACUCUGUCCGAGGUUCAAAUAUCGUGCUCUGAGUACAAAUUACGCGAGAGAAUCUGAGAUUGUGACCUCACUUACACACCACAUAACUUUCAGAGGCUGAGGUCUAGUGGAUACAUUGCUUCUAAAUUGUUGUAAACAACCCCGAAGAUGCCCAAAUGUCAAGUGUUUGGGUGUAAAAAUAAAGCAGUGAACUGAAGCAGUGAACACACACACACACGUAAACAGAGAGCACACACAUACCAAGCCUUUGGAAGCCUUUUGCAGCCUAUAAAUGCUACAUCGCCAGCUACUCACAGUGGUGUUUUUUUUUUCCCCUCAAAAGAUUUAAUUUUUCCUUGUAUUUUUAUGUGGCAUACUUUUGUUUUUAUUCACUAAGAAAGUGAUCUUUUUAGAUGCGAAGAAUCGCAUUGGUUUGACAACGGAUAUUCUUUACUAGGAUCUGUGUCAGUACUGCGUAUGUGUUAUCUAGCUGAGUGAGAUUUAAACUUCAUAAAAGUUAAGUCUGUUGAUUUGUGUAUUUUUUUGCCAGUAAAAAUCACAUGGUUACAGAAAAUUUCUGAUUAGAUUUUUAGAAUUAAAAGCCUUUAUUUGUCACAUAUACAUUACAGCACAGUGAAGUUCUUUCUCUGCAUUUAACCCAUCUCAAACAGUGAAAACACAGACACAGAGAGAGAGAGAGAGAGAGAGAGAGAGAGAGAGAGAGAACAGUGGUGCCUGGGGAUUUUUUUUUUUUUUAGAAUUAGAAGCCUUUAUUUGAUGGCUCUCUGUUAGGAAGGUAAACAGCGUACCAGUGAUCCGCCUAUGUCACUGCUGGAUAUCCGGUUUUAUUGCAAAUAGCUACAUCCAGGUGAGCCUAUUUUUAGCAAUAUCAUAAGUUUUAAAAUGGAUUAAAUGUUGUUAUAAAGUUUUCUUUUUAAUUUAACUGUGUCUGCGCGUGGGGGUACAUCAGGGCAAUUGCCAUGAUCGGCAAAAGGCAUUUAUUUUGGGGUUUUGUUUGACUUUAAGAAACUUGGCUGGUAAGAUUUUUUCAAGUGCCUUGGAAAACCUCUGAAGUCUUUCUGAAUAUUUUGUCUGUCACUAAUAAUGUGCCUUUAUGUAUUAUUUUCUUAAACAAAAUAUCCAUAUUUCUUUGUAACAUUACAUUUGUUUUAUAAAAUGAAUAUUUGGAAA